AUGGACCUUGCUAUUGAGCUCGAAUCUCCUCCAGCAGUUUUAUACGGGCACGAGACCGAGCUGACAGGUUCCAUCGUGUCGGGACUCCUUUGGAUCAACGCCCAGGAGGUUGCUGAUGUGGUUUCCGUCACCUUGUCGCUCGUGCAAACCAUUCACCUUUCCCGGCCAUUUCUCCUCUCUUCGCCGUCAGUGCAAUCGUGCAAAGAAUGCAAUACCCGAGAAAACGUGCUAGCCCGGUGGGACGUGGUGACGGCUCGGUCGUCGUUCGCCCCCGGCUCCCACGCAUACCCGUUUUCCCAUCUUUUACCGGGAGCUUUACCUCCCUCCAGCAAGCUUGGGUCCAAAACCUCCACUUCGUAUAUCAAGUACGAAUUAGUGGCCGAAGCCGUUGUGUACGCGGCCCCCGUGCCCGUCAAGGUGAUGCUCCCGCUACACAUCACACGGCUGGUGCUAAAGGGCCCCGACCGAAACUCUCUAAGAGUGUUUCCUCCUACCGACGUACGAGCUUCAGCCGUGCUCCCCAACGUGGUGUACCCCAAAUCAACCUUCCCAGUGGAGUUACGUCUCGACAACAUGAACAGCAAGUCGGGCGACCGGCGGUGGAGAAUGAGGAAGUUGGCGUGGAGAAUCGAAGAAACUUGCAAAGUUAGGGCCUUCUGUUGUCCUAAGCACCAGUCCAAGCUCCGGACCUCUGAGGACGCCCAACGGCGAUCAAAGGUGUUGACACCCAAACUGAAGGCCGGUGCCCACCACAGCACCAUCCAAACCACCGUAAUGUUGGCUCCAGAUACGUCUGUCAUCGAAGAGUCGGGUGGCCGCGACCCCGAAAACCUGGCGUCUGGGCUUAAUGGGGCCCCAGCGGUGGCAGUGGACACAGAGGAGGUAGAACAGAGUGCCCCGACACGCGCGGUGGAGAAUUUCGACGAGGACUUUGGCUCUCGAGCCAGAGGAGCGUCUGAAAGCUCCCACGGGCCUCGUGUCAGAGGUGGUUCCGAAAGCUCCAAUGCCCCCAGCCCCAGCCCUGCUUCCACCCCUCACACCACUCCCGGCUCCCCCGAUGACCUCCACCUCUACGUCUCCGAAACCAGAACUGUCUCCCACGGCGACCUCAAAUCUGGUUGGAAGUCCGACUUUGCAGCCACCGGCAAAAUCGAUCUUGUGGCCAACAUCAACUGCAUGAAUGUUUCCACCGGACUUGUGAAAACAACCACCCGGGCCUCGAGCCUCGACCCAGGUGAUCUUUAUGACAACCUUCGUCACGGGGCCAACUUGUCCUGCGAUAUUGACGAUCCUAAUGAAGGAAUCUUUGUUUCCCACUUGCUCAACAUUGAGGUAAUAGUGGCAGAAGAGACCAUUCCUGUCAAGAAGAAACGCGUCAAAAGUAGCCGGGACCUCACGCUUGAACCCACAAGUUCCGCCAGCUCGCAAACGGCAGACGAGGCGACCUCCUCCUCCAGCCCUCUGCAAGCGAUGGGGACCCCCACCGGCGCUGCCCGGGUGUUGAGAAUGCAAUUCAAGUUGAAUAUCACUGAACGGUCGGGGCUUGGAAUCGCGUGGGACGACGAAGUUCCUCCCACGUACGAAGACGUCCGCACCCUAUCUCCUCCCACGUACGAGUCGUCGGCCAGUGCCACCCCUCAAAGCAGGGGCUUGCAGCCAGGGUCUAGCGAGUUGCAGCCACAGUCUUCUGACUCCAGUCCAUUGGCCGAGCCUCCUUCGGCGGUGCUACGUACCCCCGGAAUCUUGUAUGGGAUCGGGAGCACCCCAGGAAUGUCCAUACACGUCGACUCUAUUGACAACAUGCUUGUUGAAGAUAGAAUCCAGGAUUUGAGGUUGUAGUCAGCCGUUCGCAGAGAACGUCUGAAAACACCAGAGAGUGGGCAGAGCCCGAGACUCUAUAGAGAAAUUACGAUAUCCAUGUCUUA